CCUAUGCCUACCUAUGCUAUAACAUAGCGCUGCUAAAUAAAUGUGCGAAAAGGGACGACUCGGAAUUCAUAAUAAAUAAAUUUCUUAGGAGGGUGACUUCAAUGAUGAAUCACCAUAGCGAUCCGAUAAACAGUUGGGGAAAAGAUUUCUAUCAAGUUGGUUGCAUUUUCUCGGGACGGUUCGAUUGAGUUUAGAAUUUUAGAAUUUUUGCGGAUUCAUUGAAGAUUCUGGUGCAACGGUCAGCACAUCGCGAUGGAUGACCAACCGAAAGCGGAGGGCGAAGCCGAUAAGAAGAUUGUGCACAUUUACCCUUUGGUGAAGUUUUCCGACAUGAAUGACGAUGUCCGGGCCGAGGCGAUAGAACUGAGCAUUACAGCGUGUGAGAAAUACGCACAAAACUACGAGCAUGCCGCCAAGGCGAUCAAAGAAUUGAUGGACAAAAAAUUCGGCACCUUUUGGCACGUGGUCGUCGGCGAAGGAUUCGGUUACGAAGUGUCCUACGAAACCAAGAAUAUCCUGUAUCUGUUCUUCGGUGGCAAUCUGGCAAUCGUGCUGUGGAAAUGCUCGUAGGCAGUAUGCAAUUGGCAAGUGAUUCGAUUAAAGUUAGUUUGAUAAUAAAUUGAUAGAAUAUUUUACUGUACAUAAACGACAUGGAGGUUUACUUUUUUAAUUAUGUUUGUACAGAUAUGUAAAUGAGUGCGCAAUGAAUCUUUCCGAAGUGGGUCCCCGAAGAACUCACAUUACUGUUCAUCGAUAAAAUUGAAGAGUUCUUUUGGUAUCCACUUCAUACUUGUAUAAGUUCUGUAAAUUGGUGUAUAUAUUUUUGCUCAACAUUCCAAAUCUACUUGUUGUCCAAGAUCCUUUUAACAAGUAAGAAACGAUUGUUCUAACAAAUACCGAGAUUAAUACAUGGGUUUAUGCUUGUUAGAAAGAUCGUUUCCUGUGAACCUGUACAAAUACCGUUUCUUGCGUUCUGCAAUGCUGUUCUACUCAAAUCAGGAACAAACAGCGUCGUUGAAGGUCAAUGUACAGAAAGCGUUGAUUUUGCGCUCUCGCGAGUGCCAAAACCAGCAUUUAAAGGCCAUCUGAAAUCGGGGUCCUGUGUAGUAAUGUGCUGCAUGGUAUGUUGUUAAU